AUGGAGGGGGAAGAAGACAGCUCACGGGCUAUUCCUGGGGCUUCACUUGGAGGCCUCCCGACACCGGCCUCCAGGGCCAGUUUUCGCUUGGGGAGCGUCUUCAAUGGGCAGGAAAUUGGGUGGGACGAUGCAAUCGUGACGAGGAGGCGUGAAGAGGUGCGGGAAUGGGAGUCUCUAGGACCUGGCCCGGUGACGGAGGAGCAAGGAACACGGGGAAAGGAGAAGGACCCGGAUUGGAGGCCGGCUCCGGGGGAGGCGGCCGGCACGAGUGGAGGAUCGGGUGAUGAGGGUUGGGGAGGGAGAGGAGCGGGCCAGGCUGGUGGCAGUGGCGCGCGUGGCUUUACGCGUGCAGAAGGAGCGAAUGAUACCAGAGGACAUGUAUGUGAUGGCCUCGGACGGCACAGUGCCGAUGCGAAUCUUAUUCUCCUUCCCUCUGCCCUUACCAUCCAUGAUGACCCAUGCGUGCAGAAGGAGCGCAUGAUACCAGAGGACAUGUACGUGAUGGCCCCGGACGGCACAGUGCUGGUGGAGCCCAAGUGCUUUGAGAUGCGCGGGGCGGGGGCAGUGAUCCACAGCCACGGCAUGGAGACUGCCAUGGCCACCAUGCUCGUCCCUGGCGCUAAGGAGUUCCGCGUGGCUGAGAUAUCUCACAUGGAGAUGAUAAAGGGCAUCGUGGGCCAUGGCUACUAUGACGAACUGGUGGUUGCAGAACUAAGCACCCCAUUUCUUGCACUCUUUCCCCACUCGUCGCGCUCUCUUUCCCCUUCCCACGCCCCCUCCCCCCAGAUAUCUCACAUGGAGAUGAUAAAGGGCAUCGUGGGCCAUGGCUACUAUGACGAACUGGUGGUUGCAGAACUAAGCACCCCAUUUCUUGCACUCUUUCCCCACUCGUCGCGCUCUCUUUCCCCUUCCCACGCCCCCUCCCCCCAGAUAUCUCACAUGGAGAUGAUAAAGGGCAUCGUGGGCCAUGGCUACUAUGACGAACUGGUGGUUGCAGAACUAAGCACCCCAUUUCUUGCACUCUUUCCCCACUCGUCGCGCUCUCUUUCCCCUUCCCACGCCCCCUCCCCCCAGAUAUCCCACAUGGAGAUGAUAAAGGGCAUUGUGGGCCAUGGCUACUAUGACGAACUGGUGGUGCCAAUCAUUGAGAACACGGCGCGGGAAUACGAGCUCACCGACUCCCUUGCUGCUGCUGUGAGUUCACUUCACUGCCUGGUGGAAUCACUGGUGAGGUUACUCCCUUGCCUUGCAAGAAACUGGUGGUGCCAGUCAAGUCAUUGA